GGAGAUAAACUAUAUAUCUGCCUUUAUGAAAUGAAUUAGUGUGACAUCAGAAAUCCAGAAACCUGUAAAUUCAAAAAAGUUGCGUAUCUGUCCUGAAUAAAUUGCAUUGCACCAGAUUGAUGCCCAUUCCUUACUUUGGUCCCACCGUAAGCAUCUCCUCCAGUAGGGCUUUAAAUAUCUCCACGUGUUGACCAAAAUUUAACGGACCAGAUUAAUUUUAUUAACCAAAACCUUCUAACCAUGGUUAGACUGUACUAUUACUGCACCAAACAGUAGAAGCGGUCGCACUUCCGAUUGGCGAAGUCUCAAAUCCUGCCGGAAUAGUGCCUGUAAAUACUCUUCUUUUUUAUUUUCGGAAAUUGAUUAGAUCCAAAAGAUUCUAAAUAACAAAAACUCAAAGAUCAAAUUGAGGGAAACGAGAAACUUAGUCAGCCUGUUUCGGUUGACCCAUGAAUUGACUUGGUGGAUGGCGGCUUUUCUAUGGAGAAGAGAGCGAAAUGGAAGUGAGUUUAUCUUUCGGCGGAGAAGGAUGGCUCGCAGGUGGUGCUGGUUGAGUUCAUUACAAUUAACAUAUGAGAUAGACGAUAGGGAGAUUGAGAACAAUACGGUGGUGGUGGAGGAGAAGUGAGAGAACAACUCAUUAAGCUGCACAAUUAACAAUAUGCAGGCAAUUUUUGCCUCGUCAAGACCAAAAAGUGGUGGUGAUACUUCAAAAUACUUUGUAGAUCAACUAUACUUAACACUCCGCCAAGCUGGGUUCAAUACAUUCAGAACUGAUGAUGAGGGGGAACAUGUUUCCUCUGAAGUAGUCAUGAAUGCAAUUGAAGGAUCAAUCAUUUUUAUUAUUGUUCUUUCCAAAAACUAUGCCUCAUCUAGAAGGUGUCUUAAUGAGCUUGUACAUAUCCUUGAGGUCAAGAAGAAUUCCAAACGGUUAAUUCUUCCUAUAUUCUAUGAUAUUGACCCUUCUGAUGCGCGCAAGCAAACUGGAAUCUUCGCUGAAGCCUUUGAAAGGCACGGAACAUGUUCUCAAUCAGAGCAAAACAUUCAACUAUGGAGAGCUGCACUCAGUAGAGUUGGUAAUUUAUCAGGAUGGGAUCUCAGGCAUGUUGCUGAAGGGUUUGAAUCCAAAUUUAUCCAUAUUAUUAGCGAGGAGGUCUUACAGGAAGUCAAAUCUCGAACACCCCUCUAUGUUACCAAGCACCCUGUGGCACUUUUUCCCCGUGUUAAUCAAAUAGAGAAGUUAUUGUUCAAAGGACGCUGCGAUGAUGUUCGUGUGAUUGGGAUUUACGGCAUGGGUGGAAUUGGCAAAACAACUCUUGCAAAAGCUGUGUUUAACCAAGUUCUUCAGCAUUUUGAGGCAAGUUGCUUUCUUGAAAAUGUGAAAUCGGAGGCUUCUGAAAGCCCUAAUGGAUUAGUUCAUUUACAAGAGCAACUUCUUCGGACGAUUCUUAGGAGAAAGAUCAAAGUGCACAAUGUGGAUGAAGGUAUUACAUUGAUCAAAGAAGGGAUCUGGCAGAAAAAGGUUUUCAUAGUCCUUGAUGAUUUGGAUGAUCAAUGCCAGUUAAAUGCAUUACUUGGAGAACGUGAUUGGCUUCGCCCGGGUAGUAGAGUUGUUAUAACAACCCAAGACAAGCAUUUGCUCAAAGAAUUACAAAUGAAUGAGCAAUAUGAAGCCAUGAAAUUGGAUCACAAAAGCUCUUUACAACUCUUCACUUUACAUGCCUUUAGAAAUGCACCACCGGCUGAAGACUAUAGUAUGCAUGUCGAUGGCAUUGUAACUUACUGUGCAGGAGUUCCACUGGCUCUUCAAGUUCUGGGAGCUUAUUUGUCUGAUAAAAAGAUCGAAGAAUGGAAAAAUGCCUUGGACAAAUUAAAGACGAUCCCUUCUAGCGAUAUUCAUACAAAACUGAGAAUAAUCUUUGAUGGACUUCCUGAUGAUUUUACAAAAGCUGUUUUCCUUGAUCUUGCUUGUUUCUUCUUCAAAAUCCAGAAGAGUGAGGUAGUAGGAAUAUUUACAGCUUGCGGUUUCUACCCUGAGGUUGAAAUUUGCGAAUUGAUUGACAAAUCUUUGUUAACAAUCGAUGAAAAUAAGCAUUUGAACAUGCACAAUUUGAUCCGGGAUAUGGGACGAGAAAUUGUUCAUAGCGAAUCACCUGAUAACCCGGGGAAGCGUAGCAGAUUAUGGUGCCCUAAAGACAUUUCUGAUGUACUCAUAGGACACAAGGGCACAAAAGCAGUUGAAGGAAUAGUCCUUGAAUCUUCAGCAUUGAAGGAUGUACCUUUUAGUACAAAAGCAUUUGAAAAAAUGGCCAAGUUAAGACUCCUACACAUCAAUCAUUUGCAGUUAUAUGGAAGAUUUCAGUAUCUACCCAAGUCACUAAAAUAUUUGCAUUGGCACUAUUGUCCUUUGAAAUGCUUGCCAUCUGACCUUUGUCUGGAGAAUCUUGUCAUUCUCAACAUGAGUUUUGGCAAAUUUAAGGAAUCUCAAGCGCCCUUAAAGUAUUUCAAGUGUUUGAAGAGCUUGGUGUUCUACAGUUGUGAGGAUCUCAAGAAAUCCCCAGAGUUUGUUGGUUUACAUAGUCUUGAGGAGUUAUCAUUUGGUUAUUGCUCAAAUUUAAUGGGGUUGGACUCAACAAUUGGAGAACUGAAGAGACUUCGUAUUUUAAACAUAGCUGAUUGUAAGAACCUACGAGAACUCCCACGAAGAAUCUGUGAGUUAAAAUCACUUGAAAUCUUAUAUCUCUAUCGCUGCUCAAAACUAGAAGAAUUGCCUGACGAUUUGGGAAAGUUGGAACGUCUGAAAGAAUUGAAUGCAGUUGCAACAGCUAUCACAAGAUUACCUGGUUCUGUUGGACAUUUAAAGAACUUGGAGAUGCUAUUGCUAUCACAGGACUUCCUAUUGAAAAGACAAUCCAAAUUUUCGGACAUAUUCUCAACUUGGUUGCAACCAAAAAGAAGCCAUAGUAGAGUGGGAUAUUUACCUUCUUCAUUUUCAAGUUUAAGUGCUUUAAAAGUUUUACAAAUUGAGAACUGGAAUAUGACUGAAGAUGAUAUUCCUUUUUCUCUUGCGAGCUUAUCAUCUUUACAGAAUCUAUGUUUUAGCAAUAAUAAGUUUCAUGCUAUACAUUUCAACCUUUGUGACCUUUCUAGUCUCAAGUAUCUAAAUUUAAGCGAAUGUCCGAAUCUUAAAAGUAUCCCUGAAAUUCCUCCCACUCUUCAGAAUCUCAGAGCUUAUAAGUGCAAGUCAUUAGAGAGACUUCCAAAUUUGUCAGGUUUGAAAAGGUUGGAGGAACUGGAAUUGUAUUGUUGUGAAAUGUUGACGGAGAUUCAAGGCUUGGAGAACCUUGAUUCUGUUAGACGAAUAAGUUUAUGGAGCUGCAAGAGUUUUGGAAGACUACUCGACGUAUCUAACUUGAGUAAAUUGAAGAACUUGGAUCUUAGUCACUGUGAAAGAUUGAUAGAGAUUCGCGGCUUGGAGAACCUUCAUUCCAUACGCUACAUCAACUUAUUCAAUUGCAAGGCUCUCAAAAAUCCUUUCACUGAAAACUUCUUCAAAGCCCAUUAUGAACAUGGUAGUGAGCUCCAACUAGGGCUUUGCAACAGCAAUGUUCCGAAUUGGUUUAGCUACAAAGUAGAUGGAUGUUCAAUGUGCUUCAAUAUGCCUUUACAGGGGGAGAGUACAUUCUUGGGCAUGUUUCUUUGGGUUGUUUAUGGAACAGUGGAUGAAACUAAAAAUGUUUAUCCUAAAGCCACCAUUGUCGAUCAAACAAAUGGCGUUGAGUUUAACCAUCGUCUGUGGACAACCAUAUCCUUUGCAGAAAAUUCGUCCAUCCAUUACAUACCACGAAUUUACUUCAAAUGUCCGGUUAAAGGCAGAGAAAUGAUGAGCAUUCAUAUUGAAUGCUAUGACUUUCCAACUGAAGAUUUUGUUAAGAAAUGUGGAGUUCAUCUGUUAUACAAAGACAAGAAUGGCCAGGUUCAUUCUGUCUGUGAGUUCUUCUCCUAGUUUUGACAGUGAAGAUGAAGUGACAAUCCAAUGUGCUUUAAGAGAGUAAGAGUGGAAUUCUGAUUCAGCACAUCUAGAAGACGAUAAUAAUUUUGUCUAUGCAUUUAGGGGUCAUUUGGUACGCGGGCUAAGGUGGGAUAAAGUAUGGUACUAAAUUUAUACUACUAUGUUUGGCUGACGAUAUAAAUUUAUCACCGUCAAUCAAACAUAGUAUAAACUUUGUCCCAAACUUAAUCCAGGAUAUCUCAUCUUAUCCCGUCAAACUUGGUAUUAUUUUAUCCUACCUCCUAGGUGAGAUAAAUUAGUCUAGGAAAUGUAUUCUGAGAUGGUUGAUUCAGGAGUUUGCCAUUUGUGUGCAGAACAAACUUGUAUAUAUUGAAAUUGAUGAUCCUAAAGAGACUGAUAACUUUAUGACACAAUGUUGGUUCCAGGCAGUAAAAACAGACCAUGCUACCUAGUGGUUUAUGUGUUAUCUAUUUCUAAGAUUAGCCUUUAGGCUUUUUCAUUUAUGAGUAUCCUUGCUAGGAUAUCUAGCUGAUGUUUGCUGUUAGUUUGGAUAUUGUUAGCAAUCUAGUUUUGACAGUAUUGUACUACCACUUGACACUAUUCCAUAGUCGAUCCCGUGGGUAUUGAUUGGACAUCAUAAUGUACAUAUGAUGGAAUGCUGGCUUCUGAUAGGAA